GUGGAAGGCGUGGGCGCGAGGCGGUGCAGAGCGGUGCAGGAGGGUGCCGCCGGGAAUGCACGUGAGUGAGGACGGGCAGACGGGGACCCCUUGUCCCCCCGGCACGUUCAGUGAGGGCGGGAAGGGCCGUUGCACGCCCUGCUCUACCAACACCUCCAACCCCUUCCCCGAGGGAGCGGAAUGGUCACUGCUGAUCGGUAUGGCUCGAACACCACGUCAUUGCCAGGAAGCAGCCUUCACAAUCGCCAACGAGCGGCUGCUCGACCUGACCCCAGACCAGGUGAACCUGCACGGGGGAGCAGUGACCCUAGGCCACACCAUAGGCGCAUCAGGGGCGCGUGUGCUCAUGUCGCUGCUCUCCUGCCUCGCUGCCAUGGGUUUGAAGCGCGGCGUCAGCGAUGUGCAUCGGUGGCGGCAGUGCCACGGCAGUGGUGGUGGGGCACAGGCCGGGGCACUGGAAGCAGCAGGAGGUGUAGGCCAAGGAGUGAAGCGCCAAUUUACAUGGGAACUGGGCCCUUCCUCAUCCACCUCCCCCUUACCACUCACGCCCUUCUCCCCAUGCGGUUGA